AUGCAUCUCGUGUUGUUUGCAACCAAGUCAUGCGGACUGUUGGCAUUUUUGCCGAUUGUCCUGGGGAAUGCAUGUCCACGAACCAUUGUUAGAGAUGUCGUCGUGAUAGGGGGUGGAGCAUCCGGCGCAUACGCGGCAGUGCGUCUGCGUGACGACCUCAACGAGACGGUGGUUCUGGUGGAGAAGGAAGAAAUCUUGGGUGGCCAUGUCGACUCGUACACCGACCCUGAAACUGCCCAGAGCUACAACUACGGGGUGCAGACCUUUGUCGAAACCCCCAACGCCCGUGCCUUUUUCGCCCGCCACGGCAUCGACGUCGCCCCUCCGACCCGGCUGACCAACAUCACUACCCAGUAUGUUGACUUUACCACCGGCCAGGAGGUCCCCUUUGUACCGCCUUCGGCCAACGCGAGCAAUGCCGCCAUGAAGAAGUACAAGGAGGUGGCCGAGAAGUACGAGCACUUGAUGGUGCCGGGCUUCUUCAACUGGCCCUCGCCCCAAGACAUCCCCGAGGAUCUGCUGAUGCCUUUCCGUGACUUUGUGGACAAGUACCAGAUCCUAGACGCUGUCCCGACCAUCUGGCGGGUCACAGGAGUUGGAAGUGGCGACAUAUCUGACCUGUUGACAAUGCACGUCAUGCAGGCGUUUGGCGCACCCAUGGCCCGCGCUCUCCUCUUGGAGCAAGAACAGUUGGUCGUGGCUUCGGGGCGCAACCAGGAUCUUUACGACGCUGUUGCUAGGAACCUUGGGGAUGAUGUGUUGUUGUCGACUACUGUCAUCACUGGGCAGCGAACCAAUAAUGGAGUUGUUCUGCUGACCGAGAACCACAAGACCGGCGAGUUGACCAAGAUCAAAGCCAAAAAGUUGCUUGUCGCCAUGGCCCCGACUGAGCAAAACCUCAAAAGUCUGGACUUGGACGAUAAAGAGCGCGAUCCGAUCAGCAAGCUAACCCGCAACGCAAACUGGGCUGGCAUCCUGGAAAGCUCACGGCUUCCCGUCAAUGGGACUCUCUACAACGUUCCGGCUUCUGGCGCAUCGGGCGACUACCUAGACCUGCCCAAAUCGCCAUUCACCGCCCGCUUCGACUAUUUCGGACAGGACAAGUACUUUCGCAUCAUGGUCAUCACGGACGCGGCCAUGACAAGCGAGGAGACCCAAGCUCUUGUGCAGAAAGAGUUUGAUAACAUGGUAGAAAAAGGCGUAGUUAACGGACCGGAAGAGCUGAAAUAUGUUGCCUGGUCUCACCACGAUGCUCUGAGCUGGGGCAUGUCUCGGGAGGACAUUUUGGACGGCUACUACCAGAAGCUCUACUCAAUCCAGGGUCAUAGGUCGACGUACUGGACGGGGGCUGCUUUGACCACACCAUUCCAGACGCACUUGUGGGAGUUUGACGAGCAACUGCUCCCAAUGAUUGUCGGGUAG